CAAAACCAAAACAAACAAACAGACAAACCCUCACUAUCACACAUCAGGGUGAGGCAUCCUACCAGAUUCUGUUCUGGCCUAGCUGGCAGCAAGCUUGCUUGGUGGAGCCCUGCAGAGCAGGUCUAGGGCAGCAUGCCUGAGAUUGAGUUGUGAGGACCUGAUUCCCUGGGGAGGGGUGGGGAUACCGUAAGGAGUGGCAGCAAAAAGUAAAAACCUGGCUAGGUUGUACAAAAACAUUUAAGGAAGAGAAAGCUUCCGGUUUAAAGUGUUUAGAGGAACCACAUGACCGGAACCAGGCUGUGGUAGGCGGGUCUAGGAGAGAUAUUCCAAACAUCCAGGUGAGAGUGACAGGAAAUCCCACCAUUCCUCUUGCUCCGUGAGUGGUUCCUAAUCCCCAACUAGGCGUCUUAGUUCUCUCUGAUCCCGAGAAACUCUACUCAAAUCUGGUUUCCUGGAUGCGGUCCUGGAGAGUGCAGCAGCGGGAACCGCAACCCUGCGGCCCUGGAACCUCCCAGUUCUGGGUGCUUUCUGAAGACUCUUCCCCAUAUGCAGAGAUCACACUCUUCAGACAGCCUCGGUCACCUGUGUAUCUGAACUAAGAGCCCUGGAUGAUGAAGAGAGGAAACUGUAGCAAAGGAUCCAGAUCUCAGCCAGAUCUGCUUACCUGUGAAUCAGAACUAAGAGCCCUGAAUGGUGAAGAGGGAAGGCAGUAGCCAAGGAUUCAGAAAUUUAAUGAAGAGCAACAAGAAGAAUGACUGCUUCUCUGGUAAAUGUGUCCAAGUGUCUGCUAACAUUCAGGGAUGUGGCUGUGGAGUUCUCAAUGGAGGAAUGGGAAUGUCUCAACUAUUCCCAGAAGACAUUGUAUAGAGAUGUGAUGAUGGAAAAUUACAACAAUCUACUCUUUGUGGAGAAUCACUGUAAAUAUAAGAAGGUAUUGGAUCAAGACCCGAAUUCUAUUGUCCAUAAUGUGAAUAUCUAUGAAAAGGCAUAUGAAUGUAAUGAGCUUGUCAAAAUGACUCAUGAAUCCUCCCAAGGUACACCUUUUAAAACUAAACAUAAAGAUGCAUCUCUUCAAAUAUCAACCCUAAAUAGACAAAAAAUUGGGAAUACUAGAGAUGAACCUUGCAAAUUUAAAGACUGUAUAAACUUUUUGAAUGUGUUUGUCAUUAGACAAAAUCAAAGAAUCUACAUAGGAGAGAAAGAACCAACCACCAUAGAGUAUGAAAAUCAUUAUAACUCAAAACAUGAAGUCAUGCUGAAACAAAGUAACAGUACUGGAAACAAACCGCACAUUUUCAGGAAAUAUGGGCAAUGCUUCAAGAUAUACUCAAGCUUCAGUAGAUAUCAGAACGAUCAUACUUCAGAGAAAUUCUAUAAAUGUAUAAAAUGUCGUAAAUCCUUUCUGCAUUUAUCACAGCUCAAAGUACAUUACAAAAUUCAUUAUAGAAAAUAUCCUUGCAAAUGUACAGCAUGUAGUAAGUGCUUUUAUCAUACAUUUGGCUUCAAAAGACAUUACAGCAUCCACCCUGAAGUAAAUACUUACAAAAGCAGUGAUUGUGACAAAUCCUUUAUCUACUACUCAAGUCUUAGAAAACAUCAGAAAAUUUUUGGAGGAGAGAGACACUAUGAAUGUAAUGAAGGUCUGAGGUCACUCUAUACAGUCUUUCAACCUGUGUACUAUUAUAUACCACAUAUAGGAGAGAAAGCUUACAAAUGUAGCGAAUGUGAGAAAUGCUUUACCCGGAAAUACCAUCUGACAGUCCACCAGAGAAUCCAUACAGGAGAGAAACCUUACAAAUGUGGUGAAUGUGACAAAUGCUUUACCCGGAAAUACCAUCUGACAGAUCAUCAGAGAAUUCAUACAGGAGAGAAACCUUACAAAUGUAGUGAAUGUAAGAAAUGCUUCACUCGGAAAUACCAUCUGACAGAUCAUCAGAGAAUUCAUACAGUAGAGAAACCUUAUAAAUGUAGUGAAUGUGGCAUGUCUUUUAUGAAGAAAUACCAUCUUAGAAGUCAUCAAAGUAUUCAUACAGGAGAAAAACCUUACAAUUGUAGUGAGUGUGACAAAGGCUUUACCUACAAAGGCCAUCUUAGAAGACAUCAGAAAAUUCAUACAGGUGAGAAACCUUACAAAUGUAGUGAAUGUGCCAAAUGCUUUACAGAGAACAGCAAACUUAGAAGACAUCAAAGAAUUCAUACAGGAGAGAAUCUUUACAAAUGUAGUGAAUGUGACAGAUGCUUUAUUGAGAACAACAAACUUAGAAGUCAUCAGAAAGUUCAUAUAGGAGAGAAACCAUACAAAUAUAGUGAAUAUGAUAAGUGCCUUACUCAGAAAGGCAGUCUUAGAAGUCAUCAAUUAAUUCAUACAGGAGAGAAACCUUACUGAUGCAAUAAAUGUGACAGAUCUGUUAGCUGGAAAUAUUAUCUUAUGGUUUAUGAAAGAAUUCAUACAUGAGAGAAACCUUACAAAUGUAGUGAAUGUGACAAAUGAUUUUCAGUAAAAGCUCUCUUAGAAAUCAUCAGAAAAACCAUACAGGAGAGAAACAUUACAGAUGAGGUGAAUGGACAAAUGUUUUACCAGAAAUGCCAUCUUAGAUGUCAUCAAAGAAUUCAUAUUGAAGAGAAACAUUUAUCAGAGACACGGUUGUUACUAAGAACAGUUAUUGCAAAGCAAGUGUAAAUAAAAGGCCUGUAAAAAGCUACAUCUGAAACCUGUUUGUAUUUUAAUUUGGAGUCUGCUCACAAAGCAAACCUGUUUGACUUUUUUAACAAGAGAUCUAGUGGUUUUAACUAAUAAAUUAAUCAUUAAACUAA